AUGGCGGAAUCAACAGACGAAGUAAAGGGACAGUUUCUAUUUUGUCCUGUCUGCCGUUUAAAUCACGACCAAGGAAGGAAACACAUAUAUACGAGGAAGCAUAAGACAUCACUUGGCAAGAUCCUUUUGAAAUUUGGAAAGAAGGUGGGUAGUUUACAGCGUUUACAGAGAAAAGAUUUUUGUAUCCACAAUAGCGAGGAGAAACAACAACAAACAACAUUUUUAAGAUAUAACGAAACUUAUUUACGCCGACAGAUCAAAAUAUCCUGCUUAUCCUGGAGUUUGUACAUUUCUUCUUUCUUCCAUUUGAAACAAUAGAAUCGCCAUUUGAGAGCUUGAGAUACAGAAAUAUGCAUUUCUAUCAGCGGGGGGUCGACACCAGGGAAUCCCCGGACAUUUGCACAACGACGUUUACAUUUUUCUUUGUCGAUCCUACGUGCAUUCCAAAUCCUGGGGGUCUUUCCCUAGAGAUCCUACCACAAAAGGGCAAAGGCGAUCCAAUCCCCUGUCCCUGACUAAAAAUUUGCAGUAAAUGUCAGCUAUUCUUGUGCCAUGCCCGCGUAUCUCCAUGGAUGAUAGGUCCAUCCUCAGCUGGAAAAUUACCUUUAAACCAAUUGAGCAUGACUUAUAAUUACUGUAAAUAAAAUACAAUUGCCCCAUAUCAGGUUGAUGAAGCAAGGAAGUUUUUAAAGAAACCCUCUGUUGAAGAUGGUGAACUUGAGCCUGGAUCAAGAUUCUGGUGUCAUUUUUGUGGCGAGAACGUAGAUAAACAUGUGACAGAUCGACAAGUAUCAAUUAAGUAUGGUGGAGUUUUUGAGCAUUUUGCGAGGUAAAAAAAGAUAUCUAAAUCUUUGAUAGCACUUGGGUUUUUAAAUUAAAAUGAAGGGUUGUCAGAGAAAAUUGAACACUUUACUGUUAUAACUUACAAAUUUUCCUUUUUUAAUUACCUUGUGUUUACUCAUAAAAAAGGGAAGAAUUUAAAAUAAGAUUGAAAGACACUUUGUUUCUUUUUUUCUUUAUUAAUUAACAGAUAUUGUGGUAUUGUGUCUUAUGAUAAUGCAUCAGUCAAUUCCAGCUUAUUCAUUGUAAAAGUAAACCUGGUGAAAUUUUUAUUUUUUAAGUGAGGGCCACAGAAAAAAUGUCCACAACUACUGGUGGGAAAAUGGAGCUGAUAAAAACCUUAAAGACAAGUUCCUUGUUGACAGGGAUACAUUUAACAGGUUUGUGGUCUGUUUUGAGGAGCAUGGUGUCCAUACUCACUCAUACGCCCGUGCUUACAGCUGAAAUCUGGAAAAUAUAACAUAAAAUAUAUUGGUUAUUAAUCUUUCGCCUUUUACUGUAUUGGUGUAUUUGGCCAUCUGAAGGGUAUUCAUGUUGCCCUUUGCUCAUAACCUCCUUGAUGGCAUCACUGUUUUGUCUUUUUUUCCAUAAACAUUGCACCUUACUGAUAACACUAAAGGUGUACAUUAAUUAACUAUUGCAUUUUCUUUCGUAUUUAUUUACUGAAAACAUCUUGUGAAAAAUGCAGGACAUAGCAUUUCUGAGCCCCUAAAUUUGAAAAAUUUUCUGGGGGAGCAUGCCUCGAGACCCCCUUAGUUUACAGUACCUUCCCAGGUCUAACCUCUCUCUCUCUGUUCAUACUCCUUAAAAAAACUCACGCUAUGCCCCUGUUUUCUAAGAACAAAUUUUGUUCUUAUUGUGAUCAAGGUCUCAUUGAAUUUGUACAAAAAUUUGUUUCAGCUACAAAGAUGGUGUUGACAAGAAACUACAGGAUUUUGAAGCUGAGAUGGAACAGAAAAGACAAAAGGUAGAAAACCUCUUCCUUAAACGUAUAUGGCUAGUUUGUCAGAAAGAAGAAGAGAAAGUGGUUUUGUUUACUUCUCUUCAUGUACAUGUACUCAUAAAAAAUAAAGAGAGAAUGACGCACAAAAUCAUUAGCCAGUGCUGUUAGGUUUUUCCGUUUUAACAGUUUAUCUUAAUAUUAUUGUUAAUAGGCAGUUUCCCAGAUUAAACAGAAAGAAGUUACCCAAGCCUUUAUAAGCCAGCAGGUCUGUCUUGUUCAAGCACUUCAAGCAGGGUAACAGUAUCCUGAAAUAGAUAUUUGAGAUAUUAAUAAAUGCAUGUAUUUAACUGAGAGACUUUAAGAGUCAAAAAGAAGUUUAUUAUUAGAAAUCAGCUUGCAAAGUCUUUGCAUACCAUUCAUAUCAUCCAAAUUCUAAUGUCACUUGUUGGUCACUGGUUACCAUAGCAAUAGGAUGGCUUCUGAUUUCACCCUUACCUUUAAAACUGCUGUUUGCACUAAAACAAUUAAAGCAAGAAAGUCAGGAGCUCCAUUCUAGCACAGGGCACAGAGGAGUGUUUUGUGAUGGCAAACAAAGUGAAAAUUUUACUGCCAAACGAACAAGUUGCCUCUGUUUACUGUAGAAUCUAUUAUGAAUUUGACCUUCCAAAUAGUCAUACGAUCGUGAUAAUAUUUUACCAGGUUAGUAACAUGCUCACAUGACUGUUUGAAAGGUCAAGUUCAUAAUAGAUUCUACAGUAAACCGAAAUGACUUGUUCAUUCUGCAGUAAAUUUUUUUUCUUCAUUUUCUGGCACAAAUAACUCCCCUACGCCCUUUGAUUCUAGGUCUCAGCAUCUGUUGUUACCCAGAAAAAGUUUGCUAUACAAUUGCUCUCUUUUCACCCAGGGGAUUUACAUAAAUCAUUGACCACAAAGUUGUUACAUAAACUUGUUAUUACUAGUAGCUAACUAUUCAGGUACAUUAUAGCUAUGUAUUAGUGUGAGGUGAAGAGACCAUGGUUCCAUUUUUUAAUGUUAAAACACAAAAGAAGAAAAAAAGGAAUGAUGCCAAUAUCUAGUCCCUGUGACCAAAAAUCUUAAGGGUAUCCCAAAAUAAUUUAUUUAUUAAUGUAGUUAGACAGUUUUGGUUUUUGUUAUUACAUCCUGAACAUUUGAUACUGCAGCCACCCCAGAUACAAGUAACACCAGAAAUUGUUUACAAGACAGUACAGAAUGAACAAGGAGUUCUGCAAAAUCCAACAGGAUGGUUUGUAUUGUCAAGCAAGGGAGGAUAUCUAGGGAGUUUUUUAAUCAUGUUUUCAUUUUUUUAUGUUGGGGCUAGAACUGUCUCACUCCAGUGUUUCUGAGUCACCCUUACCCUCAUCCUCUCUUCUCCCUCUCCAUAAAAACACACACACACAGACACUGCAAAGAAGCUUACUGACCUCUUAAUGUGAGUGAACGGAAUCUGAAAACCAUAAUGAGUAUUGCUUUGAGCUACUUUAAAAAAAAAUCCCAAAAUUUCACAAAAAUCUCCUAUCAGUAUGUCAUGUGCAAGUACAGCAAAAGAGGUUUCAUUCAAAUGAACUGAUCAAUGAGUUUGUCUACAGGUGAACGGAAACUAGAACUGUUCAUUGCUUAUUGUUAUAACAUUUUUGUUGUCUGAUCGUGAGAGUCUCAUUACAUGUGCCUCAUUCUAAGUCAAGAGAGGAAAUGCAUGAGGGUUGCUAAAACUCAAGCAUGAUUUUCAGAGGGUUGGGGGCACUCCCUCAAAAUUCCUGCGAGGAGAAAGUCUGAGUGACUAUCCUUGGACCAUGCAAGAAUCAGAUUACAAAAAUAUGGCCUGAUCUCAGGUUGCCCUUCCUCGAUACAUCCACAUACAGCUCCAUUUAUCAGGGAAUUUGACCCAACAGCAUGAGUCCUGUUUUUGUCUUGAUGCAGUCUCAGUACUUGAGGAGUCUUUCUUUUGUGUUGACAGGCAUGAAGGACAGAGAGUAUGGGGUGGAGGAAUUGUAAAAUACAGGUAA